AUGGAAUUGAAGUCGACUGCUAGCAUGGCAUCCUCAUCUACAUGUAUUCUGGAGAGUGAUAGUCUUCAGAGUGAGUUAGAUGUGUACAUUGACCACCAAAAUGAACCAAUUCUUGAUUGGGCUGAUAACGAGUUAUUAGCAGAUGGUAAAGGGUAUGAGUCGGAUUAUAUGGAUGAAGAGGAUGACAAGGAUUCUGAAGUUUCAAUGACAAUGGAAUAUGAACAUGAAUGGGAUGAUGAAGAGGAACAUACUUUUGAUAAAACUGUUGGAGACCCAUUCUUGGACAAACUUUUAGGGCAUAUUAGUGAUGAUGAUGAAGAGGAAGCAAACAAUGGGAAGCUUAAGGAUGUUGUGUUCCCUGUCCAUAAUGAGAAUCAAGAAUGGGAGCAAAUGGUGCCAGUUUUGGAUCAUGAUAUUUUAACGUUAGUUCAUCAUGAACACUCCUUAUAUUUUUGA